AAGCUGAGCUCGACCUCAUCGCCUUCAUCCACUCACAAACUCUCUCUCACAAACGCAAGUAGCGAAUUUCUGAGCUCAAAAAAUGGCGCAAACCCUGGCAAUGCCUCUGGCGCCGUCUCUCUCCGUAGUCUGCAACGGCCGAAACCCUAAUCCGUUCUCUACCACUCUCUCACUCCCAGUCAGAACCCCAAACAAGGUAGGUGGUUUAAGCAUCAAAUGUGUGCGUGUUGGCGGAGUUGAAAUCCCAAACAACAAGAGGGUGGAGUUUUCUCUUCAGUACGUUCAUGGAAUUGGGCGUACCCGAGCACGUACAAUCCUGAACGACCUGAAAAUGGAGAACAAGGUCACCAAAGACUUGUCUGAAGAAGAGCUUACUAUAAUUCGUGAGGAGGUCUCCAAGUACAUGAUUGAAGGAGACUUGAGGCGGUUCAAUGCUUUGAACAUUAGGAGAUUGAAGGAGAUUCAGUGCUACAGGGGGAUAAGGCAUAUUCAGGGUCUGCCUUGUAGAGGGCAGAGGACUAAGAACAACACCAGGACUUUGAAGGGUAAGAGGGUCACUGUUGCUGGAAAGAAGAAAGCUCGUUAAGUAAUCGUAUUGUGUUCUGAUCCUUUUUGUAAUUGAUGAUCAUAUGAAGUCUGUUGUUUCGAUUUGUGUAUUGGGUUAGUGUUUAGUGGAAUUGAUGAAAGUGCUUUUGAGUUAAUGGAAGUUGUUUUCUCACCAAUGGAAAUGCAUUUGGGAUCGCUUUUUUAUUAUGCA